GCCCGAAGCGUGGCGAGCGAAGCGAGCCCGCGAGGGUACUUUUCGGGUACCCUGUUCGUCCGUAGCUCCUCCCCCUGGUGACGUAGCCCCUCCCCUCAAUACGUCACAAGGUCCCUUCAGCCACUCCGAUAUAGAACCAACCAAUAGUUUUACUACUAUAGUACUGUGGUUGGUUAGGGAGGAGGACGCCUGGAGAUGACGUCACGCAGACAGAAGGCGACAAGGACUGGCGGUGUUGCUGCUGCGAUUGGUCUGUUUGAAGAACCGGGCUUUUAGCGCCAUGGCUCCGACGCCCAAGAGUGCCCAGAACAGUCGGCAGCUGCAGAGUAUUCCUGCUAUGGAUGAAUGGGUUGCUGAAUUUAUCAAGAGGUUGGUUCAGAGGAUGUCUGCUGCAGAAUCGAUGAAUAUUCUGAAGGCCUGGGGAUUUUUAACAGAAAGGGAACUCAGUGCGCUUACUGUGCGGCAUUCAAAGGAAAAUCUAGCAUUGCAAGUGCUAGAUAUCUGCGAGAGUAGAAAAGCUACAAUACGGCAUGCAGCUGAUCUGGACAUUAUAUACACCCAUGCUAACACAAAAAAGAAAACUUGGGAUGUUUAUCAAAUGUCCAUGCCACCUGAUCCUGAAAUGGGUCUUGUCGAUGUGUCAGAAUUGAAAGAGAAGUUCAAAAAGACUAUUCAUGCAGCUAUGAAAAAUGUGACCAUCCACUUCAAAGAUUUUGGAGAUGCGCUGUGGAUCCGCAUUGCUUGGGGGAAUAAUUACUUGAAGCCCAAUCAGUACAAACCUACCUUCCUUGUAUACCACUCCCAGACACCUUACGCCUUCAUCUCAAUACUUCCAAAGGCUUACCGGUCCCUGUUGUGUCAGGCCCUUUUAUGUGCUGCCGGAUACAGUCAGAUUCAACAGAUGGACCUGAAAUGCCGGUGUUUGGAAUCCCUAAAAGAUAUCGUAUUCAAGCGAUUUAAUCAGCCUUUCCAGUCAUAUCUCUCAAGAUCGCAACAAGAAAUAAAAGUUACUCCAGCUGUAGUGGACCAAAGGGUAACUUAUGAAAAUAUGAAGGACAAGGAGCGAAUAAAUCAGCUAACGCGUGAAACAUUUGGCGAUGGGUCACUUCCUAACUUAGAAUUUGCAACAUAUAAGCUGGAAACCUCGUUCAAGGGUGAAAGUGGUAUUUCCAAUGCAAUUGAACCCUUCCGUUGUGUCGUUAAGUUCUCCAGUCCUCACCUCCUGGAGUCCAUCAGAUCGCUGGGACCAGCUGGUAUUUCAGAAACUCCUGUCUCUAGCCUGUUGUCCUGUAUACCACACAGAGCCAGGAAUAUUUAUAAAAUCGCAGAAAAGAAACCAUUGCCUCCCACAAACAACUGCCCCACGAUCUAGAACUUCAUAGCAAAGAGUCUGCACCUUUAUUUGUACAGUAUCAACCAUGUGUCUACUCCAAGCAGCUUUGCUUUUUAUGCACAAUGACGACUGGUCACUAAGACGGGCAUCACCCGACCAGCACACAACUGGAGCUGUGAAGCAGGAGUUAUUGGGCUUGUGCUUUUUAAAAUACUCAGCCAUUUUUAGAAGGGCAUCUUGCUACCCUUAUAUCAUUAUAUCACUAACAUUUUAUUGUGUGUAUGUGUACAUAUAUAUGUAUAUAAUAUAUUAUAGGUGUUAAAUCACAGUUUUUUUUCCAAUUAAUACAGUGGAUGAGGAGAUACUGAGCUGGCCAGCCAAGCCAUGGAAUUUCAUGUACAUGAUCACUUUCUGAAAAAUGUCGAGGGCACACAGGGUGAUGAAUAAUGCAUAUUCUACACAUCCGUACACCAUUUCUAUGAAGAAGCAUAGCACAAUCUUAUGAAAUGGUGAAGUGAAUUUUGAAUACACAACCAAAACAGUAACAAUGGUGGAUACUUAAUAAAAUAGUUGUACCCAAUACGCAAAUGGUUAAAUGAAAAAUCCAUGGUUUUGUUCAUUGAUUUAUUGUUUUUAUUGAGGAGGGGUUGCCGUGAAAUUUUAUUUUAAAUCUUUAAUUUGUAUUACAUUGUGUUUGUAUUAUUUGCUCAUAACUACUGCCAAGAGAAAAACUUUAGUGCAUAAAUGGUUUUCAGUUCCGUUCCAUAUGUGCACCUUUCUGCACAGUUAUGAGUAUAUUAGCCAAAGGCUUGUUCCUUUAUUUUGACAUGUUCAAAUAAAGUUUUUGUCGUCGA